CCCCCCGCCGCCCCCCACCGCCCCCCACCCGCGGUCCCCCUCGGAGCUCCGCCGCGCCCCUCCGUGCGCCGUCCGCCGUCCGCCGCCCCCCGACGGCUCUUCUCCGCCCGCCCGGCGCCCCCGCAGCGUUCCCCGCCCGCCGUCCGCCGUCCCGGGGUCGCACCGCCGCCCCCCGCCCAGCCGCCAUGUCCACCCCGUCCCAGCGGAGGAGCGGCCGCGGCGGCGGCCCUUCGGGGACCCCUCUGUCCCCGACGCGCAUCACCCGACUGCAGGAGAAGGAGGACCUGCAGGAGCUCAACGACCGCCUGGCCGUCUACAUCGACAAAGUGCGCUCUCUGGAGCUCGAGAACGCCGGGCUGCGGCUGCGCAUCACCGAGUCCGAGGAGGUGGUGAGCCGGGAGGUGUCGGGCAUUAAGGCCGCCUACGAGGCCGAGUUGGCGGACGCGAGGAAGACGUUGGAUUCGGUGGCGAAGGAGCGGGCGCGGCUGCAGCUCGAGCUGAGCAAAGUGCGCGAGGAGCACAAGGAGCUGAAGGCCAGGAAUGCCAAGAAGGAGGCGGACCUCCUGGCGGCCCAGGCGCGCCUUAAGGACCUCGAGGCUCUGCUCAACUCCAAGGAGGCCGCGCUGUCCACGGCGCUGGGCGAGAAGAGGAACCUGGAGAACGAAGUGCGGGACCUGAGGGCGCAGGUGGCCAAGGUG